AUGGCUCGACUUCUAACCGGAUUUUCAAGAUUCUCUACCCAGAGAAAUGAUGUCCUUAGGACACUAACCGGUCCGUAUCUGGUGCUUGGAGCUAGGAUUAAUCCAACAUUGCCGGUUGGAAGUACCAAUGGAACCAAUCUUCUCUUCGAUCCGGCAAAAGAAGAGAUAAUCACUGUCCCCGACUUAAUAGUUCCAAAAGAGCUCAUGGGUUCAAGUCUUGUCGGUCGAUGGGGGAUAUUUGUUCAUUGA